AUGAAAAGGCUGUUUUUAGAAAGAUAUUUCCCAGCAUCCAGAGCUGCCACUAUCAGGAAGGAGAUAUGUGGUAUAAGGCAAUAUAAUGGAGAGACAUUGUAUGACUAUUGGGAGCGAUUCAAGAAGCUAUUUGCAAGCUGUCCUCACCACCAGAUAAGUGAUCAAUUGUUAAUUCAAUAUCUCUAUGAAGGAUUGCUGCCUAUGGAAAGAAACAUGAUAGAUGUAGCAAGUGGAGGUGCGUUGGUGGAUAACACUCCUGAAGCUGCCAAACAAUUAAUCUCAAACAUGGCUGCCAACUCCCAACAGUUUGGUACAAGACACGAUGCACAACCCAAAAGGGUAAAUGAGGUAAAAGCUUAUAGGAUAUGUUCCACAAUGGGACACCAAACAAACAUAUGCCCAACACUUCAAGAGGAAGGGGCUAAGCAGGUCAAUACAGUAGGAAACUUUCCUAGACCACUGAGGCAGUAUGAUCCUUACUCCAACAUGUACAAUCCAGGUUGGAGGGAUCAAUCGAAUUUCAAUUAUGGAGGAAAUAGACAAAAUCAGAUGGGUCAAAUGGCAACUACUAUAAGUCGUUUAGAAGCUCAAGUUGGAGGGAAUUUGCCUUCUCAAACAGUGGUGAAUCCAAAGGAAAAUGUGAAUGCAGUGACGCUAAGAAGUGGCAAGAAAGUGGAAGAACCAAAGUUGAACAUUCCAAGUGUAGCAAAGGAAGCAGAAAUUGAAGAUGAAAUUGAGAAAGAAGAGGCUACAACUGAAUCAAAUGUAAUUCCUAACCCUUCAAUUCAACUUCAGUCUAAUACUUCACCUUUUCCUAGCAGAUUCGCAAAGUUAAAGGAAGAAGAGAAAAAGAAAUUUUGGAGACGUUUCGCAAGGUUGAAGUGA